AGUCACGCUGCAACAAUGUAAAAUGUCAGACAGUCUGCGUUAUAGAAAUUGCAACAAAGUAACAUGUAUUCCAGUUACCACAGCAACGUUACAGCUGACGUUAUAAAUAGCUACUCUUGAGUGCCAGGCACGGUUGAAGUGACACGAGAACUGAUGCUCAUACUGCAUUUUCGUUCGCUGUAGUAUUCGAGUUCAGCUCCAAUGAGAUGCAAUAUAACGCUGUUCCCUGAAUACACGUUUCAGAAACUGUAGGUCUGAUACAGACUAUUAAGUUUCAGAAGGUUGCUCUCAUACAUGAUUUUUAGAUUCAGAUGCUCACCAAACCGGCUGACCUAUGAAGAUGUGAAUAAAUGGAUGGCAGGUAAGAGAAAUUCUGCACCGUUUACACAUUACCUGGAUGACAGGACCUUCCAGCUUUGCUGCCAGCUCUUUUUACAACACUCUGAGACCAUCCAGGAUGGCUGGUGCUGGGAGCAGAUCAAGGGGACUGAUGAAGGCUUCAUGAAGAAGAUUGUUCUCAUUCCUGUAAGAUCAACCAUAUUACACAAUCAACAUGGAUGUUCCAUACAGGCAGAAAACAUGGACCCGCUAACAGAGGAAAUCCAGGCAAAUGUUGAGGAUGAAACGGCUGGAGUUCAGGCAGUAUGUGAGAAUCAUGCUGCGCUACGCUAUGAAUACCACGUUCUAUAUUCUUGCAGCUAUCAGAUCCCCAUCCUCUAUUUCAGAGCCUCAAUGUUAGAUGGAAGGUCCCUGUCUCUUGAGGAGGUGUGGAGCAACGUUCAUCCAAACUACAAACAGAGACUAUUGCAUGGACCAUGGGACACUCUAACCCAACAGGAACAUCCUUUACUGGGCCAGCCAUUUUUCAUGCUUCAUCCAUGUCGCACUGAGGAGUUUAUGAAACCUGCUCUGGAUUUGGCACAUGUGGAAAACAAGAGGGUGAAUUACAUAGUGACCUGGCUGAGUGUCGUGGGACCUGUCGUCGGCCUGGACGUCCCUCUGAGCUACAGCACGGCUGUGUCUGCUCCAGACUGAACCUUCAUUGCGCCAACAUCCGGAGGUCAACCACACUCUCCCUGAUGAAACCAGACUGUACUGACCCUGAGGAUGUUUAGGGGACACCUCUGAACCUGCUGAGGAGCCAAAGAGGGGCCAAAAGUCUUGUUAGCAAUGCUUGAAAAUGUUUUAUAUUCUCAGGACGUCAGGUCUUUGAUCGAUUAAGUUCAUGGGCUAGCUCAGGACUGCUCUUAUAGAGUAAAUUAAGAAUGAUUAAGAAUAAUAAACUGUGCAGGAAUGAUA